GGCGUUGCCAUGACACCUGCGGCGCUCAGCUGUCAACAAACGUCACGUCGCUGCGGCAGGUGAUUACCCAAGGCGAGCGUUCUUGAUGUAUUGCUGAUCUAUUUACGCUGUAUCCUUAACGAGCAGAGAAAAGAUCAUGCAAUAAUGCUGCGUUGUGCUGAUAGUCAAAUGGGUGAAGAGGUGACGUUUUCGAAUGCAGCACGUGUGAAGUAGUUGAAAGAAGGAACAGUUAUAGAUCUGAAAGUCUUUGGUUGCUACAGGAAAGAGAAGAAUGCAUAUAGAUUGGGAGUACCUUCGAGGGGUGGCAGAUGAAGCAGGGGACUGGGAGGAGGCCCAGCUGGAGGAGCUCUACCAGGCCCUGGCUGGCAUCACCAGGGUGCGGACACGAGACAAGACGGUGGAGAAACUGGAGAUGCUGUUCACACUGAGCCAGGCUGUGAUGCUGGCCAAACACACACAGGCCUUGGCCCUGGAGGAGGAACUGGGCCACCUGGCAGAGUCUGCUGGCCGUAGGGACGCCAAGAGGGAGCGAGAGCUGGAGCAGGAGGUGAAGCGCCUUCAAAAGUUGAUUCAAAAUGGAGAAGCUGUAGGAAAGGAAGAUGAGCACAUUGCAUAUGACUGGUCAUCCAGCUGGCGACUAAAGAAGAAAGAAAUGGAAGAGUCACUAAGACAGAAGAACAUUGAGCUACAGCAGUUCAUGGAUGACCUACAGGCAUGUGAUGAGGAGAGAGGAACUUUGCGUGUAUCGUUGGUUGAAAUGGAGGAACGUCUGGCAGAGGCAACCAAGGAAAUCUCCAGCAUCACUUCAGACUACCUGCAGCUCAAGGAGUCACACAAACAUGUCCAGGAGAGGCUCAUGAUGGCACAAGGUGAGCUAGAGGGUGUUCGCAGCCACGUGGAGGAGCUGUCUGGUGAAAAGGCUCGUAUCCAGCGCCGAUAUGAUGAGCUGAGUGCUGCUGUGGAUGCCAGAGUGGAUCAGCUAGAGGUUGUGGUGAGACAAAGAGAGGAAGAGUUGCAGAAUGUGAAGGCUCAGCUGCAGCAAAGGCCCAUGCUUGCCUCAGGUGCUUACAUUCAUGGCGAGUCUGUAAGAAUUCUACAGCUAGAGAAGGAACUGAAGGAGAGGGGAGAGGAAGUGAGUCAUUUGAGCCAACAACUGAAGGAGGCAAGCAAGGAGAUGGACAACAGUGCACAUGUCAUUGCCCAGUUGAAGAAAGCCAAAGUUCCAGCAGCCAGUGCAGAGAGUGGCAUGAUUAUACAGCUGCGCAGUGAGCUGAGUGAUGCCCGGAAGCAGCUGCAACAGAUGCGCACACAGCUGUUGGCUGCUGAGGAAGAUGCUCAGCUCCAUGCACAAGAUCUGUCAACAGUAAUUGGUGAGCUGCAGUCCCAUCUUGCUGGGGAAUUCUCCCUGGCAGAUGCAGUGCGGGAGUUGAAGGAGGUGCGGAGUCAAGUGAGGAUGAGGGACACCCAACUCACCCAGCUGACAGGUCUCGUCAACUCCUUGCAGAUCAAUAUCAAUGAUGUGUUGGAUGAAAACUGCCAGCUUAGGGAGCAGUUGAAUCUUGAGCCCCGUGAAGACAUUGACCUGCCGGGGGUGAAGAAGACUCACUGGCAGGAGAGCAAGAGUAUCAUAGAGCGCCUCACCAGCCAGGUCAACAAGCUGCAGGAUGAUAAGGUUGCUCUGCGUACAAAGAUAUAUGAAAUGACCCGAGAGCUUUCCAACACGAAGAGUUCCUUGCAGCUUACCACAAUAGAGGUUCCCAGAGCAGCCAAACCUGAGCCAUCAUCGGGACAGCAGCUACAGUCUCUUGAGGGGCAGAUAACCCACCUUAGUGAUGCAGUGAGUCAACUUCUUCACCAGCGCUGGGAAGAUUACACCGACCAUGACACACAGGCACAGCUGGAGGCACUGCAGGCAAAGUGUCUGAGGCUUGAAGGUGAAAAGGCUUCAUUAGAGAGAGUGAUUCAGAAUGAGCUGAAGAGGAAAAAGCCUCCAGAAAAAGAAGAGACACCAAGGAGUUCCCAGGAAGAAGUUUCCCCACAAGCCAUAUCAGAGCUGGCCAGCAGGUCUCCCACGGCUGCCCUGGAUCAGCUCAUCAAGGCCCUUGGUGACCUGCCUCCCUCAACAGAAGAGAUUAUUGCUAAACUCAAAAGUCAAGUCAAUUAUUUAAUGCAGGAGUGCAGUAAGAGAGAAGAAGAAAUCAGUGAGAGAGAGAAGACAGUUGGUAUCUACACUGCACAGUUUGAGGAUUUGAGAGUGCAAGUGUCAGAUCUCAAUACACUGUUAGCCAAGGAGCAGGAGCAAUGGCAGACAGAGAAAGCAGAACUGGGAAAGACCUUGAAUGAUCUGGAGGGUGAGGUGGGUGCUCUGAAGGCCCAGAGGGAGGAGCUGCAGGCUGCCCUCGACACUCUUGCCUCCUGCCAGCCUGGUGCUGAUGCCAAGCUGGGAAGAAAACUUGCUGAGCUUCGAUACGAUUUGGAGAUAUCAAAGCGUCUUAGUACUAACCAGGAGAAGGACAUUUUCUCCCUGCACCAGCAACUCAAAGAACGACUAGAGACUCUCCAGCAGAGUCUUCUUCAAGUGCAGCAGCUUAAGCAUGAAAGUGAGAAAGAACAAGAGAUUUUGAAGCAUCGCAUCUACCGGCUUGAGAAUGAACUGAGUCAAUGUGUUCCACGGACAGCAGCGGACCAGACCUGUGCUCAGCUGGCUGCCACCACGGCCAAGUAUCGCUCCCUGCUUCAGGCACAAAGCCACAUGAUGCAGGAAAAAACUCAAGGGCAGGAACUUGAGGCUGAGAAACAAAAACUACUGCAUGAACGGGAACAGUUGUGCCAGCAGCUUCAGAGUGCCAGGGAGAAGGUGCAUUCUCUCCAGGCCUCUCUCAACUUGGUGGGAGGCAGUGCCACACCAGUCCAGCCACAGAUUGCUCUGCUGUCCAAGCAGUUGGCAGCCGUGGAAUUGCGUGAACUAGCAGAGAAGCAGAAGGCUGAGCAUGCAGCAGUCAUGUACCAGACCAUUAAGAGAGAGUGUGAGGAGUUGCACCGGAGGGUACAGGAGCUAGACAAGUCACUUGAAGCUACCUCCAAGAUGAAUCUCAGCCUGCAGACCACCGAGGCAGAGCUACGGCACAACCUCCAAGGCGCCAUUCUGCCCCAGGAGUAUGAGAGUGUCAGGAGGAAAGUGGAGGAUCUCACCAAUGAAAAAGUCCAGCUGUCCUCCAGCAUGCAGCAUCUCAAGGCAGCAUUGAAUGUGAUGGACACCCAGAUGAAGCAAAGACAACUGCUCGAGUCCAUCAGUCAGACUGAAUUGGACCAGCUGAGGCAAGAGACCCAGGAUCUGGCUGCUAUCAGUGAUGAACGUUCUAAAAUACAUUAUCUUCAUCAAGAGGUAACUUUUCUAAAAGUCAAGAACCUGGAGUUAAUUCAUCAAGUAGAAGAACUGAAACUUGUGGAGGAAAAGCAGAGUGCUGAGGUGUUCCGUUUGGCACAGCAGGUGAGGGACAGAGAGCGUCUGCUUGAGACUUCCACCGACACCAGCUGGGCCAGGGCCACUCGCCUCCACCUCAUCAUCAGAGACCUCAGGCAACAGUAUGCAGGUGCUGUGCCUCUGUCACAGCAAGAACAAUUGGCUGACAUCCUGGAGACAAUGAGGCAAGAGAGAAACAGUCUCCAGGAAGCCUUACAGAGUGCUCAGCAUGAUAAGAUGGAAUCUCACAUCACUCUCAGACAACUCAAAGUAAAACAGGAGGCUUUAGAUGACCUCAAGACAGCCCUGUCAUCCUCCAAACCCUCCACUCAUGUGUCCAGCUGGUGCACCAAAUUAGAAGAAGCCAGGCUAAGGAAUGUUGAACUGGAGGAAAAGGUGCAAGCUUUUGAGUCAAAUGAGAUUCUCCAUCUUAAACUGUUAGAGAAAAAAGAACAGAGGAUAAGUGAAUUGCAAACACAGUUAAUUAGUUUGGAAAAGAUGUGGAUGGAUGAGCAAUUGGUGUGUGAUGAAAGAGAGGCUGAGCUGAAUGAAGCUCUAGCAAAGCACGAGAAGAGACACAAGGAAGCAGUGAUCAACAGGAAGACUCUGACACUUCUUGACGUUCCUGACACAUCGCUUCCGUUGUCAAAGCAGUUUGAGGAAACCUUGGAUUGCUUGAGGAACAAAGUAACAUUAUUAGAAAUAGCAGAUAAAGAGACAGAGAAAUUGAAAAAUGAAAAGAGUACAAUUCAGAAGGAACUCAGAGAAAAAGAAAUAGAAGUUAUUGCCAGAGACAAAAUUAUCAAUGAAUUAAGACAACUGGGUAAGGCCACAAAAGUCUACCAGCCAUUCAAGGAAGAUGAACAUUCCAGAGACACAACAGAACUCAAUGAAGUUCUGCCUGAUGAUGAGAGUGUAAGAGUGGUUAUGGAGGGGCUGAAGGAACGCCUCCGUCUGAGCCAGAACACCAUCACUCACUAUCAGAACCUGCUUGCCAAAGAGCAUGAGGAGAGACAGAGCCUUAUUGCUAAAUAUAAGGAUGAACUUUACCACAUGACUCAGAAACGUGAUGAGGCACAGGCCAAAGUGCGUGAACUCCAGUCUCAAAUAGACAGCAUUCCAACCCAUGACUUUUCAUCCUCGUCUUUGAAACAGGCACAGACAAUCCAGAUCCAGAAUUUAGAAGAAACUAUAAAAAUGGUUGAAAAGCAACUGAACGAAUCCAGAGCCCAGUUAAAUGUCUCUGAGAAGAAGGUGAUGGAACUGGAACGUGAUUUGGCAAUUUCUCGACGUGAGCAUGCUGAGGAGAAAGACCAUAUGGAGGUAUCUAGUCAGGUGCGAAUACAGCAACACCAGAGGGAGGUGGAGAGACUGUCAGGUGAGAUACACAAGUUGCGUGCAGAGAGAGAUCAAAUGCAAAAUGAGAUAAGUACAUUAAAAACUUCUGCUAGUCGUACACCUUCAGCUAUUAUGAGAACACUGGUGGAGAAGUUGAGGGAUCAGCUUAUUGAGAAAGAGAAGCAGGUGGCCAAGCUCACUCUUGCUGUUAAUGAUAUGAAGGAAAGUAUAUUACAAGAAGAAACUAAGCAGCAAGAGGCAGAUCCAGUGAAUGUUGAAAAGGAAGUAUCCCAGGCUACCAGCAGACUGACUGAAUCUUUUAAAGCAGAGUUGGAAAAGGUUUCAGCUGAGAGAGAUGAACUGCGAAAGAAUUACAAUGAGCAGAGCCUCUCCUUGACAGAAAUGAAAGAGAAAAGCAGUGCUGAAAUAGGAGAUCUCAGUCAAAAAGUUAAGACACUUACAACAGAAAAGCUAAAAAUAGAGAGACUCAUGCUCCAGCAGAAGAAUGCUAACAGCACUCUGAAGAAGCGACUGGAAGACAUGGAAGGGAGGUCUGCUGCAGCAGUAGCACGAACCAUUGAGAUUCUACAGGGGAAACUUGAGAAGAUGGAAGGCACUGAGGAGGUCCAGGAGAGUGAAGCUCGAAGGGCCAGGAGCCAUGAACAGGUGGUUAGGUGGGAGGAGAGGAAGAAAGUGAAGGUUGCAAUGGACAAAUUAAAAGCUCGAAUUAAAGAGCUAGAAACUGCUCAGGAAGAUAAUGUCAAGAAACUCACCACCAGCAGAGAACUUUUGAGUAGAGUUGAAAAAGAAAAAUUUUCUUUGCAACAUAAAUUUAACAAUCUGAGUAAAACAUCAACAGACAAGCUGUGUCGCGUCUGCCUGAAAACACUUGACUCUGCGGAAAUAGGAAGUGCAAAUCAAAGCCAGCCUUCCCCAGGCCCCCGUAGGAGACCCCUGAGGCAGACUAGGGUCAGCCCAUCCCCUGAGAGAACACCAAAGAAACCAGUAGGAGGUGCUGAGAAAGAAGAUCAUACUCCUUCAGUUUCCCAUGCAUUACAAUCGGAACAGGAUGAAAAUGAAAUUAAGUUUAGACUACAGCUGAAAAAGGCACUGGAAGAGAAGCACAGCUUAGAGUCAAGGCUGCAUGAUGCUAUGGAGGAAGUCGCUGCGCUAAGAUACCGUUUGCAACAGAAAGAGGAGGAAGAGGAAGAUAAACUUUUGACAGAAAGGAAAAGCCCAGCUGGUCGACGCAAAACAGGGGCAGCUGUGGUCUUGGAGUACGAGUCACGCAUCACCACACUGGAGGAACAGUUGCGUCAGAAAUCCAGGCUUCUGUGUCAUGUGAAGGGUGUGGUACAGGAGGCUGCAGCAAGGGAGGAGACUCUGUUGAGGGAGAAGGAAACGUUACUGCAGAAAUUGACAUUAUUGGAGGGCAUAUCUGAAGACACUCCUUCUGCACGGCUGGUUCAUGAGCUGCGGCAAGCCAGACUGACAGUGACCAGACUACAGAGGCAGCUUGACAAACUCCAAAACAAUGGUUAGUAGCACAGAGGGUGUGAACAGUUGGAGCGGUGUUUGCAGACUACUAUUCUAUUAUUGCAUUGUCUUUGGGUGUGAAAAAUAUGGUUCUAAUGAAAAAAAUUGGGAUUAAUUACUAUUUUUGUAUGUGUUUUAGUAAUGAAAUUGAAGUUCCUUG